CUACUUGGUCGUUGCAUCUCAGUGGUAUACAUAUCGAUAAAUUCGUCGUAACAUAUUUAGACCGGUAGUACAGGAAUGCAGAAUGGAGGAGCCGUCUGCUUUAGUCUUCUUUGUGAACGGGAAGAAGGUGUCUAUUGAUAACCCGGACCCACGGAUCACUCUUAUCCAAUACUUAAGGCGCACUUUGUAUUUGACGGGGACGAAGGAGGCGUGCAGUCAGGGAGCAUGUGGGGCGUGUACAGUCAUGGUCUCCUACUACAACCAUCAUCAGAGGAAAAUCGUUCACUAUUCCUGCAAUGCCUGUUUGACCCUUCUGUGCACACUUCAUGGGACAGCCAUUACCACGGUCGAAGGUGUGGGGAGCACAAGGAAUGGGCUUCAUACCGUACAGAGUAAUUUACUGAAGUAUUACGGACUGCAAUGUGGGUUCUGUACACCCGGGAUGGUGAUGGCCAUGUAUACGAUGUUCAGAAAUAACACCAGGCCGGAAGCGGACGAUUUUGAGAGAGCAUUAGAAGGAAAUUUAUGUCGAUGUACAGGAUAUCGACCUAUUCUGGAGGCUUUUAAAUCAAGUUGUCCGAAAGGAAAGUCAUGCUGCAUGAAUAUGGACAAUGACGAAGGUGAAAUGAACAUGGCAGAUCAAGACGUUGAUAAUGUGAAUAAACAUGAAAGUCAAGAAGUGAUAUUUCCCAACGAAUUACAGACCAAUCCAUCUUACCGCCAGACGUCCGUUAAGUUUGCAGGAGGGGGAUACACGUGGUAUAGACCCACCUCUUUGUCAGACCUCUUUCGUGUUAAAGCAAAUAAUCCCGAGGCAGUGGUUGUAAUGGGUGCUCAAAGCAUUCUGGGCUCCAAUAUAAGAAAUAAUAAGACACCAAAAGACCUGGUGAGUUGUACUGGAGUCUUAGAGCUGAAGGUGAUGAAACAAGACGAGAACGAGAUUGUCUUUGGCUCUGCUGUUACUUUCUCUGAAAUGGAACAAUUUCUUUCGUCUCUUACAUUGAAGGAUGCGGGAGGCACUUUAGUUGACGCUCUGCUUGAGGGAAUUCGUUGGAUUGCAGCUGACCAAGUCAGAAAUGUUGCUACAAUUGGUGGCCACUUAAUGUCUACAGGUCCACAUGACCUUCAAACAUUAAUGAUGACCUGUGGAGCAAUUCUAACUUUUCAGUCUGCUGGGGAGAAGACACCUCAUACCAUAAAGUACUCAGAGGGUUUUGAUCCAAAUUCUUUCUCGCCGAGUUCCAUUUUAAUAUCAGUGAGGUUGCCCAGAAAUCAAAAGAAUGAGUUCAUAUUUUUCGGAAAGCAGCCGUUUAGGAGGGGAAUGGAUUACGCCGUUGUAAAUGCAGGACUAUUCAUAAAAAUAGAGGAACAGUCUAGCGGGAUUAAAGACAUGAGAUUCUGUGUUGGAAAUAUAGAAAGCAAACCAAGAUAUUUAGAAAACGUUACAAAGAAAGCAAUAGGAAGCCCUUGCACAGAGCAAUUACUGGAGGAUAUAGGUGACGUCAUUGUUCAGGAACUUAAAAACUCGAGGGCUAAACAACUGAAGUAUAAAAUCACAUUGGCCUGUGCUUUCUUUUUUAAGUUUUACAAGAGGUUGUUCAAAUUACUACAGUUAUCAGAAGAAGACACUUUUGGCCUUACCCCAGUCCAUUCAUCAGGAGCACAGUUUUAUGACGUACCAACAGACGACAACAGUCACAUCGUCUGGCAGCCAGUUCCCCAUGUGUCCUCUAAGAGUAUCACCACUGGAGAGGCAGUAUAUGUGGACGAUAUUCCAGAGUAUAAAAAAGAAUUGUCGUUAGCCCUAGUCUCCAGUUCCCGCGCUCAUGCUAAAAUUCUCUCCGUCGAUUUUUCUGCCGCGCUGGAAGCCCCUGGUGUAGAAGACUUUGUGGAUUACAGAGAUGUCCCCGGAGAAAUGCUUUAUGGAGAAUCUGGACCAGAAACACCUUUAUUAGCUGAUAACGAAGUGACUCAUUUUGGACAACCCAUUGCAGGAAUUUUAGCAAAAACAAGGGAGGAAGCCAGAGCUGCAGCUAAAUUAGUGAAAGUUGAAUACGAAAAUUUACCCGCCGUGUUUACAAUUGACGAUGCAAUUGAGAAAAACAGUUUGUUUGAGUUCUCCAACUCAACGGAACAAGGGAACAUCGAGCAAGGAAUGACUGAGUCUGAAGUGACGCUAGAGGGCGUUAUAGAGACUGGUGCGCAGGAGCACCUAUACAUGGAACCGUGCUCAGCCCUGAUUUGUCCAAAAAAAGAGGAUAAAGAGAUGGAUAUAUUUGUGGGAUCGCAAGACCCGUCUGGACUACAGAAAUGGAUUGGACAGUUUUUGUUGAUUCCUUGUAACAGAAUAAAUGUAAAAGUAAAGCGAAUAGGUGGUGCCUUUGGUGGGAAGGCUGUAGACAUCAUACCCCUGACCGGAAUAGCAUCGGUAGCUGCUUGGAAAGUGAAUAGACCAGUCCGGUGUGUUUUCCAACGGGACUAUGACGUCAGAGCUACUGGUAAACGACACGGAACAAAAGCGUUUUAUAAAGUUGGCUUCAAUAAAGAUGGAAAACUGAAUGCAUUGUCUUUGCAAUUUUAUUUAAAUGCUGGAGCUUUCAGUGGACUCAGUCCGUUGGUACUAAACCAAAUGAUGCCAGGGAUGGCAAGCAUCUAUAAAAUUCCCCAUUACUCCUCCACCGGACAUCUCUGUAAGACUAACAUCCCCUCCAGUACGGCAAUGCGGGGGUUUGGAAUGCCUCAGGCCCACUUCAUCAUUCAGAGUAUUAUGUUUGAUGUUUCGAAACACCUGGGCAUGUCCCUCAAUAGACUGAGAGAGAUGAAUACGUUCAGAGAAGGGGACACAGACAUGUAUGGUAAAGUUUUGUCAGAUUUUAAUCUGAUCCGAUGCUGGGAGGACUGUAAAAAACAGAGCAACUUUAACACUGUAGAAAAAGAAGUGACGGAUUUCAACAGGGACAAUAAAUGGAGAAAGAGAGGUGUAGCCAUGUCCCCCUGUAUCUUCUUCUUUGGAUACCCUCCACUGAGUGCUAAUUAUGCUGGGGCUUUGGUCAAUGUUUAUAAAGAUGGUUCAGUUUUGAUAUCACAUGGAGGGAUAGAAAUGGGACAAGGUCUUCAUACAAAGAUGUGUCAGAUUGCAGCCACGGUAUUGGGUAUCCCAUUACACCAAGUUCAUCUUUGUGAAACAAGUACUCACUCGGUUCCCCACUCUACUGAAUCUGGAGGGAGUUUUGUGGCAGACAUAAACGGAGGGGCGGUAAAGAAUGCUUGUGAAGUAAUCAAAGAAAGACUAAGUGUUCUAAAGGAAACAAUGCCAAAUGCAUCCUGGACAGAAUUGAUUAACGCAGCCAUUUUCAGUAGAAUUAACUUAUCUGCCACCGGUUUUUACAAAUCACGUGACAAAGGAUAUAACUUCAAGAAGCAGGAGGAGGGAGGGGAUUACUGCUUGUACCACGGCUACGGCGCGGCGUGCACCGUGACAGAGAUUGAUGUUUUAACAGGAGAGAAUCAGAUUCUGAAAACAGAUAUUGUAUUUGAUGUGGGGAAAAGUUUGAAUCCUGCUAUCGACGUCGGUCAAAUUGAAGGAGGAUUUGUACAGGGUUGUGGUAUGAUGACUUCCGAACAAGUGACAGUGAAUCCAGAGGCUGGUCUAAUAGAAGCUUGUGGACCAAUUAACUACAAAAUUCCUGGGAUCAGAAACAUUCCGAAAGAUUUUAAGGUCACAUUAUUGAAAGAAGCUGCCGGUGGCCAUAAAGAAGUGUAUUCAUCAAAGGGAAUUGGGGAGCCACCUUUAUUGCUGGCUGUAUCUCUACAUCUUGCUCUGAGAGAGGCUGUGAUAGCUGCACGUAAGGCAAAUGGAUUAUCUGGUAACUACAGACUGGAAUGUCCAGCAACUCCAGAGAGAAUCCGAAUGGCAUGCGCCGGACCAAUUGUUGAAAAGUGUCGUGAUGUAAAAGAAGAAAGAAAAGUAAUUCAAGUUUAAGGCAGUUUGCUAUCAUUGCUGAUAUAUAGUUUAAGAUGAUAAUUUCUAUAUACGGAGAGAUCAAGUUAUCAACACCAGAGUUCUUCGAUUUUCUGGUUUGAGUAUAAUAAGGCAGAGUUGCCAGCAACCUUUAAUUGUAGUUGAAGUUACGUGUUGUUUCUAUUUAUUUAUAACACUUGGCUUUUCAGAACAUUUGCAAUAUAUAAAUGUGCAAUUGCAUAUCAGUUAAAUUUUAAGACUGGCAUACCUGACGUGGAAAAAAUGAAAAAAAAAGUAUGAGCUCCAAAAGCAUGGGAAAAGUGAGUGGAUAAAAAUAAGUACAUGAGUACAUGUGCGUGAUUUAUAUAUAAGUACUCGUAUUAUAAAGCAUGGCAAGUGCAUAUGUAGCUAGAUGACCAAACACAAAAAGACUGGAAUAUAAUGUGUUGUCAGUUCUACAAAGAUUGACUAUCAUGUGACUUAUCCAUGUGUAUUUAAUGAUAUAAAGGUACACAUGAUAAAUGUAUAUACAUAUAUCAAGUGUAGCUAUUAAAUUCUUCGUUCAACAAAUAUUUAGUAUUGGAGCUAUAAUUUGUGCAAGUAUGUAUAUAAUUAUGUUGAAUUUGAAUUAGCAACAUAAAGUGCAAAUUUAAUUUUUGUUUCCUACUAGAUUGAAACUGUUGAGUGUGUGUGUGUGUGUGUGUGGGGGGGGGGGAUAGUGAGAGAUUAUAACCACACUUUGAAUGGGUAGCUUAAUUACAAAUUCUGGCUGGAAUAUUUGUC